UCCCAAGAUGGCUGCCACGGAUUUCGAUCACCACGAAAAUGUUCUCGUGAAACCUCCCCGAUUUCUGCAGGACACUGCCCAUGUUUCUAGUUUUGAACAGUAUCAGGAGUUGUACGACAAAUCGGUGAACAAGCCAGAUGAAUUUUGGGGAGAAAUAUCGAAGAACUUUUUCUGGAAAUCGCCACCGACUGGAGAAUUUUUGAAAUUCAAUUUUGAUGUCACAAAAGGACCAAUAUUUAUUGAAUGGAUGAAAGGAGCUACAACAAACAUUUGCUACAACUGCUUGGAUAGAAAUGUGAACAAUGGUUUCGGUGAUAAGGUUGCAUUUUACUGGUAAGAAAUAACUUGUUGAUGUAUAAAAAUUCGAGUCGAAUACACCAAGAGCUCGUUUUAUAAAGUGCUCACCAUAAAUAAAUGACACCUGGAUUUUCUAUCACCAUUUCCAGACCAUGGUGAUCUGAAACUUCAUAAUUUCCAAUAACACAGGUAGGGAUCAAAUUCGCCCCUUCCCGUUCAUACCGCCGUUUUCCGUAGAGGUUACCGCGCCUUCGAGUAGAAAUACCGCCCCUUCGAGUAGAAAUCACGGACAGGUAGGUCAUAGAACUGCAUCUAAAUCGUAAUUCACAAUAAUUAUCCGAUCUGUUUAUGGUCUAAUAAGUUGAAUCACAUAUUUAUCUACCAUUUUCACCC